UGCAGUUUGAGAUGUCUCAAGUUGUUUCCAAAUGUCCCAGGUCUCUAGAAGGCUUGAGAUAAAAUUUUCUUUUAUUCGCAAAGCAAAAUAGUUAUCUAAUUAAAUAUUUACUUGUUAGAUUUUUUCUUUCUUUCUUUAAAGGAGAACUAACAAAAAAAUAUAUGUUUUUUGCAAUGAGAACAUUUUUGCAUAUCAUGAAAACAACAUGGCAUAAUAAUUAUUAAAUUUUAGCAUUUUUUUAUGUCCAAAUUUUAAACCGUUAGGCGACCUUUUGGACAAAUAUGUUCAAACGGUCGCCACCAUUAUCGAAAAAAAGUCAACUUGGUUCAUACAUAUUUUGUUGAUAUGUUACAUUACACUGCAUGCAUAGCUCUGACUUGUAAGACGAUGGAUGAAGUUAUACGAACAUUGUGAUCUUCUUGGAGUGAUUUUAAUUGUAUCCUAAUCAAGUGCUGAGUAGAAUAUACGAAGGAAGUAUUAAAAAAUAUCCAUGCCAACCAGUACAUUGAAAGGUUAAAUUCCAGUAGAGCAAGAAAUUUGCGCUAGUGCAAUGUGUUGUUCGUUCAACCUUUCGUUAGUGUAAAUGUUGGAAGGAAAACUUGCUAAAUAAGAUUUUAAAUGAUUGAAUUUUUACAACUGUGUACUUGUAGAGAAGACAGUUACGAAAAAAUACAAUAAAUAAGAAAUGUUGGUACCUGUUACAUUUUACACUGCGAUACAACAUUUUUCUCAUGUUAUUGCUAAGACCUGUUGACACUUCAAUAUUUUAUAUUUUUAGAUAAAGUAGUGCAAAGUGCUGUUUAAAAGAACACACUCAUAAACUUAAAAUGUCUAGCCACUGGCAAACCACAAAAACAAAUGUACGAGAAAGAAAUGAAUAUAUGUUUGGAAAUAAAUUGAUCAGUGAUAUACAAUUUAACGUUGGAAAACAAGGAGAAACAAAGAAAAUCAUUCCUGCACACAAGUAUGUAUUAGGAACUUCAAGUCCUGUUUUUUUUGCCAUGCUCUAUGGAGAUUUUGCUAAAGACGAGACGAUAUCUAUAGACGAUUGUGAAUCUGAAGCCUUUUGGGAAUUGCUGCGGUUUAUCUACUAUGAUCAAGUGAAUUUAAAUUCCGGAAAUGUUCUUGACGUGUUGUACUUAGCAAAUAAAUAUAUUGUCCCAGUGUUGUCAAAAGAGUGUGUUAAUUAUUUAUUAGAAAAUGUUCAAACUGAAAACGUUCUUGAUGUUUUAAACGCUGCAGUGUGUUUUGGUGAAAAACGUUUGGAAAAGCAUUGCUGGUCUAUUUUAUCACGAAAAACGUCUGAAAUAAUACUGUCUGACUCAUUUGCUGAUGUGGAUAAACAACUAUUAACAAACAUUCUUCAAAAAGAUUGUCUUGACGUUUCAGAAAUUGAUGUGUUUAAUGCAAUUAAAAAAUGGGCUGAAAAAGAAUGUUCAAGACAAUCCUUAGAAGUAAAUACCCAAAAUCAAAGAAGUGUGUUGAAGGAUAUUAUUUAUCUAAUUCGAUUUCCUGUUAUGUCUGCUAAAGAUUUUGCUUUAGGACCAGCAAGAUCUGAUCUAUUACCAUUAGAGGAUAUAAAGUUAAUUUUUAUUUAUUUAAACUCAGGAUUGGCAAUCAGCAGUCUAAAAUACCCUUUAAAAGUUCGCUCGUUUAAACCUCAUAAAUGCUCACGUUAUGUAAAACCUAUGAAAAAUUAUUUGUGGAGGUAUGAUGAAAAGGAUACUGAUGCGAUUCGCUUUAAAGUUGAUCAAGAAAUCUUUUUAACUGGUAUUGGAUUAUACGGUUCUCCAAGCGGUGGAGAGUACUCUCUUCAGUUGAAAGUUAGUAUUGACGAUGAUACAGUUUACACAAACUCGUCUGUAUUUAUGUGCCCACCAGAUCCAGAUUUAAAUACCAUGGACAAUCCACCCGUACAUGAAAUAUUACUUGAAGAUCCUCUGCGAAUAAAAGAAAACACCUUCUAUGACAUAUCUGUCUUGCUUGAUGGUCCACCAUCAUUUGCUGGUGAUGAUGGAAGACAAGAAGUUACAGAAGAAGGGGUAAAUUUUGUGUUUGAAAACAGCAGUGAUUCAACAAAUGGCACAAGUUAUGAUGAAGGACAAAUACCAACUUUGUUAUUUUAUUUUUAAGUAAAUUCUAACUAUCUGUUGUUUUAUUAAAUAAAAAUUAUGUUUCAGUCUGAAAUAAAACUUAGUUUGUAUAACUAGCUAAAUCAAAGAACAAUUUAUCCAAUGUAGUGGAUCAUCAGUUUAAAGUUUUGUUGUUGUAACAACAAUUAAAGUAACUUGAUAGAUCUUUGCAUGCGUUUAUAAAUGAAAAAAUUAAUAUUUUGUACUUAAAUUUAAUAAAGCGCACUCUUGUUUUUCGUAUAUGCAGUUAUUAUUUUGUUAAAUGUGUGGAACAUAAAUUCCACUUGUUUAUAUUUAGAUGAGAACUUGUAAAGAAUACCUGUUUACAAAAAAUAUAUUGUAAAUUAGUUUUGUUAUAUUUUUCUAUGUUGUGUUUUAUUUCAGCUUAAGAAGUAGAUUGUAUUGCAACCAUUUUUAGUUUAGAAUAUAAAAUUAAUUUUUCACUUUCCUUGCAUGUUGUUUCCCCAGAGGGCAUUUGCAUAUAAGGCCUAUACCAUAUUCAAUCUGUAUGCUUACAUAAGAAAGUAGUGCUAUUCUUAUUUUUCACUCAUGUUUCCUUCUGACUUCUUGUUUUGACAAGAACGGGUCUUGCUAAAGUUAAAAAAUUUCUUAGUUUUCGAAAUUCUCCUCAAAUCUCUA